UUCUGUUCAGUUGUGUUGUUGUAACAUCGGAGCAAACAGAGCCGAUUAAUAUCGAAGCAGAUUAAUAUCGAAAGUUACACUCAAGAAUUGCAUAGCAAGAUGGUUUUAUUAGGACACAUGAGAAAUAUAUUACCGGCCGUGCAACAGACACUUAGGCAAAGGCAUUUCCACACGAGCACAGUAGUCAGCAAAACGCAAUCCGGACGCUACAAAGUCACAAUCAACAAGGACAGGCCACUGACGUAUGAAAUGGCAAAUCCGCCUCAUUAUCUCGCUCACAGAAAAUCCUGGAAUUCUUGGAACACCUCAAAUAUAAAGGAUGGCAACAGACCAUCUGAGACAGCCAUAGAAGAUAUGUUCAUUCGACAGUUCAUGACGGGGACGUGGCACAACUUAUUCGCGAGUGAAGUCAUCAUUAAGCGGCAACACAACAUUAUUAGGAUAGCUGGAAUUAUUACUCGUGCUAUAAUGCCUUACAAGAUAUAUUUCUUAACUGGCUAUACCGAGGAACUCCUGAGUUAUUGGCUUCAGUGUCCGGUUAAAGUGGAGUUGGUCACGAUUGAUAAUAAAAAAGAAGUGAUAUUUAAGUAUAUAUAGAAACCAGUAUAUGUAAAUAUAAUAAUAAAUUAGAUUUCUGUUAACAAACCAGACUUUACAAUGUUCAUGUUUUACCAUCAAUUC